CGGGGGGAUUUGUCGUUUCGGUCCCGCAUGCAUCGGGACGCGGUUUCGGGGUGGGGGUGUGUGUGUUUAUCGUCUUGUUUUGUUCUUCCGGGCCAGUAUGCACCGGGAUGCGAUUUCGGGGCGGGGGGGCUCGUGACGGCCGACCGACGACAACGACGGAGGGAGGAGCCGACGAGGACGACAACGGGGGACGGGGGACUGCCGACUUCGAAACGACGACGGACGACGACGAAGGAGGGAGGAGGGCUGACGAAGGAGGGAGGAGGGGUGACGAGGAGGGCCGCCGACAAGGACAACGACGGGGGACCGUCGACGAGGACGACGACGGCGAAGGAGGGAGGACUGUCGACGAGGACGACGGCGAAGGAGGGAGGAGGGGGCGGCAGCGGCAGUGCGAGCACUCGGCGGCGGGAGGGAGCGGCGGGAGGCAGCGAUCACAGUGCGCCGGGCGACGAUGGCGGCAAGCAUCUCACAGACCAGAUGAAGCUGCACUUCAUCGUGGAGGGCGUUGCGGGGAAAUAUGCAUUCAAGGGAUCGAAGCGGUGGAAGUGCAAGUACUGCGAGCACCGUUUCAUUGGGACUGCGACGAAACUCACGAAACACUUCCUCGAAAAGUGCAGCCUUGACUAUUGCACUACUGAAAUGUCGGUGGAGGAAAGGGCGAGGAGGGAAGAGGGGAUAAGGCAGGGGAAGUGGCUUGCUCGCGUGCUGACGCACGAAGAGGCACCAAGGGCCGGGCCCAGCAAUUCGCAGACCGUCGCUGAAAACGUCCCUCAGUUUCGUAGCUUAGAGGUGGGUGCAGCGGGCAUCACCGAUGAAACACCCACGCCUCAAUCGACUGCAGGCACAAUUCCUGGAUUGAAGGCAUCGAAGGCAGUUCCAAAGGGACCUUUGCGGCAGACACUGAUCGAGGAGGCCGACAGUGUUAUCACGCACAACGAGCGGACGAGUCGGUUUCUUGACAGGUUUCUAACCUGCACAAACCAGCCGUUCAGUUUGGUGGAGGAUGAGUAUUUCCUGGAGUUCAUUAACACGGUAAAGAAGGCCCAUCCGACGUGGAUGCCAUGCAGAAGGGAUGAGCAAAGGACGAAACGGCUGGACGCUGACUACGCGCGGGUUGCGGCGGAGAUCGGAGCGGACGCAGUCGUUGGUGUCGUCAUGGACAACGCAAGGGUGUGCGUCAAGGCAGGAAAGAUGGUGGAGGCCGCCUAUCCGAACAUCUUUCGCGUCGGAUGCACUGCGCAUGCGCUCGAUCUUGCGCUGGAGGACAUGUAUAAGCACAUGCCUUGGAUGGCGGAGGUGGUUGAUGCCGGGAACAAGGUCGGCAAGUUUUUCACGAAUGUGGACAAGGCGAGGGCCAUGUUCCACAACUACUCACCGAAGACGAAGUUGAAGUGCCCUGCGGCAACCAGAUUUGCCACCAACUUCACGAUGCUCGGGUCUUUGAAGGAACUGAAGAAUGCACUGGAUCGCUGCGUUUGCGAUGUGGGAUGGGUGGAGAAGAUGGUACGGGCAGAGCAAUUAGUGGCGUUCAACGAGGUGACGGCCAUCAUUCUAGACAAGGGCGAGUUUUGGAGCAACGUCAACAAGGCGAUCGAUGUGAUGCAGCCCGUAGUGGAGCUGCUUCGGCUGGUCGAUGRACAAGGACCGACCAUUUCRAAGGUGUACUUCAAAAUGGAUCGGGYUGUUCAGCKCAUGCGUGCCCUGGAGUGCCUUUCAAGUGACGAGCACGAGGCGGUGGAGCGGAUCCUCAUGGACCGCUGGUCAUUCAUGACCAGCGAGCUGCAUUGCGCUGCWGCCUUCYUGRAUCCUGAGCACCGAAUGCAGAACGCGCAGCGUGACCCGGAGGUUCGCGCAGGAUUCAACAUCUGGCUAUACUCCUGGAUGCCACGAGAUAAGCGCAAGGAAGUGAGCUUCCAGGUUGACYAGUGGGUCAACGCUUUAGGAGGGUUCUCCAAAGAGGAGGCGCGCGAGCAAGCCAGCCAGCAGCCACCAGCUUUGUGCUGGAAUGUCCGCCUUCUGAAGAGCAUUCGGCGCGGCGGGGGGGAUGAAAUCCACAUCCCAUGGGCGGAUGACGUCCCGGUGGACAAGGAGAUGGAGGACUGGUACGCAGAUUGGCUGAAGCGUGUCCACAGAGAGGUGGAAGAAGAAGAGGUGGUUGUGGCAGACGUCGAAGACGAGGAAGACGACUUUCCACUGCGGCACACCUUCCAGCACAAUGAAGCGGUUGACGAGAGGCUGUGUGAGGAGGAGGACUCUGUUCUCGUCGGUACAAGGGAGCGCGAUUGGCACGAGUGCACGAAGCCCGGGAAAUACCGUGAGCGUGAGUUGCGCAGGAGAUCAGGCAACGAGCUGCCCAUGCCUGAGGAGUUGUAUACGGAGGAGGGCUACGCUCUUGCGUUGGCAGCUCGACGGGCGGGCACAUGGGUGGAGGGUCGGGAGGAGGGACCACGGAAGGGGCACACAAACAAGGGCAAAGAGAAGCCCAGUGACAACGCACCCGCGGAAGAGAAGGCCGCCAAGGUAGCAGCUAAUGCUGCCGCAACAAAAGCUGCGGCGGCCAAAGCCGUUGCGGCCAAAGCCCGAGCGUCGGCGAAAGCCGCCGCAAAGAACGCUGCCGCUGGGAAGACGAAGAGAGCCGCCAUCAUAAAUGAUGACGACGAUGACGAUAUCCCGGAAGACAUCCGGGGAGACGAAGAGCUCGAAGGCUCAACAUCAACUUCUUCCAGCUCAAGUGACACAUCUGAUUCCUGUGGGGGGGAGGGAACGGAGGAGAGUGACGAGGAAGAAGGCGGUGAGAGUGAGGCGCAACCGGAGGAGAGCGAGGAGGAAGAAGGGGAACAGGCGGCGUAGGGUGCACCCGCUGUGCUGUUUUGGCAGACAAACUCAAGUUACUAAGCAAUUCAAAUGUUGAACUUGUGGAUCUUUUUUAUAUAAGUUUUUAACUUUUUGUCAAGUUUUUUGUUGUCUUUCUCAUUCUUUGCUGUGUGUGGUGCAUCAUCGAUUGUUCAUAGUUUGUUUUCUGUGUUUUUGUGAUGCCAUACCGCCGCUCAAUUGCAUGGAUGCAAUGAAUGUUUGCUGCCGUG